CAAUUGCAGGCUGUUUAGUUUGGGAACCUUAAAUUGGGGUGAAGAUAAAUUAUUGAAGCGAUGAUGAUGAUAGAGCUUGGUGAUUUAACGGCUCUUGCUUCAAAGUCUUGCAUUGAGAGAUGAGAUAAAAGCAAUGAGUUUGCGUACCCAAGAAUACUAUCCCCACUGCUAUGCAGUUUACGAGACAAUUUCGCAAUUACCUAAGUCACUUAUCCCUACUCUAGCUUUGUCUGAUCUUGCUAUUAUUGUCGUCUUUGAGAACUUAAACGAGGUCUAGUUUUUAGUACGCAUUUAAAUUUUAAGAGUAAAUAAUAUAACUAUUGUGAAGAUUGUUUCGAUAAUUCUUUUAGAUAUCAUCGUGAUAUGACACACAUUUAUCACGCAAAAUUUAGAUGGACGGAAAAUUUGACCCUGAAGUUUAUACGACUGAGAAAAGAAAAUGGAAAAUUAUUUACAGGAAGAAAAUAUUCGGCCCAAGCCGGCUGGGAACAUAUUUUACGACAAAUGAAAGUCGAAUUUCCGACGAUAAUGGCUGACGUGCACUAUCGAGUACUGAAGAAGAAAUGGUCAAACUUACUCCAGCAGUACAAAGAACUGAAGAAUCCAGUCCAUGGGGACAAGAACAAUGCGGACGACGUAUCUUGGCCAUUCUACAGCGCUAUUGAUGAAAUAGUUUCGAGUUGUAAUAAAAUUACUCAAUCUAAUCAGAAUCAGCAAAUUCUUUACGACAAUCAAAUUGAUCCUCAUCAAUUUCUGUAUGUCUCUGUGAAUUCCGAUGAGCAGCCUGAAGAAGAAAUAGCUCCUUGCUCUUCUAAAAGUUCAACAAGAUCUAAAAGAAUGAAUGGAGACUUACCGGACGUAACAAUUUCAUCUCGGAAAUGUAUAAAAGACUCUCCGGCACUUGACACAAGUCAAGUACCACUGGCUCAAGCGCCAUUAAACCUCCGUGCCAAUACAUAUGGAGUUAAAACAAAAAUUCAAAUGACUCCGUUAGUCAAUGUCAGAGACGUAACGAAGCUCAGGCGAACUACCACGGAAAAUCGUUCUCGGGUUCCACAACAGCAGCAGCAGCAGCAGCCGCAACACCAGCAGCUGCAUAUUAUCCGGACGACAGUGAAUCAUGUCAAGAGGACAAGCCAGUCUCUCAACAGGGAUUCUAGCAGGCUCAAAAGACUCCGCAAAACCUUAGUGCAAACAUACCCCCCAACUUCCACCUCGACGAUGUUAAAUGUCAAUGAAAAUCACAGCAGUGAGCUGAUAAGAAAAUUAAAUGAAUUCAUUGUUUACACUAAAAGGCGCGACGAAGAACAUCGCAUUAUUAUGAUAAGAAUUCUUGAAUCCGUUGAAAAAAUAGCCAAUAAAAUUGAUUAAUUAUUAUUCUUCCUGUUAUUUAAAAUUAAUAAAUGGAAAUUAUAAUAAUAAAUUGGUAUUUAAUAGAUUUUAAAUUUACUUUCUAGUAAUUCUAGAGUAUACCGUAAAUCACUGGUCUUUGGUGAGAAAGUUUUAAACACUAAUAGUGUGUUACACUAAGCAGUAUUUAAUUUUAUAAUCAUAAGAAUUUAUAAUAAAUUAGAAAAAAAAAUAUGUCUAAUAAAUUA